AUGAUCAAAUCCAACAAUCUACAAGAACAACUAGAUUGGGCACGAAGUAAUAAACCACAUCUACCAAAACCUGAUUUGUUGAGUAAGGUUUUAAAAAAGUACCCUGCUUUUACUCCAAAUGUUCAAACAUCCAUAUCAUCAACAUCAUCAUCAUCAUCAACAUCCAAUAUAGGUAAUACAAAUGGAACACAAGAUUCUAGAAUGAGACAGACAUCUGUAUCUCAAGUUGGAAAUUUAUUAGUCACAACAUAUUCUCCUGAUUCAAACAAAGAAAAUGUACCACCUGCAUCAUCAACAACGAGAACAACAUCAAAUACUAAUAUUGACGCGUCAUUUACUUCAACUCAGUCAACUUCAAGCAAUAAAAGCAAUCAAAGCAACAAAAACAAUAAAAAGAAAUCACAAUCAGUACUACCUUUAGUUUCAAGAUUUUUUAAUCCUUCAGCACCUUCAUCUCGUACACCACUUAAUACACAAUCAGAAGAAGUUAUUGAUUUAACUUUUGAUCCAAGUCCUAAAAAAAAACGACCGUCAGAAGAAUUAAAUGGAACUACUAAUAAAAGAGUAAAAUUGAAUAAUGAAUCUUCUAAAUAUAAAGAAUUAAUAAGUCUUCAAGAUACAAAAAUUAACUUGUUGGAAGAAAAAUUUAUAACAAGUGAAUCAACAUCAAUUUCAUUGGAUCAGAAAAAAGAAAUUUAUAAAGAAUUACAAAACAAAGUUGAUGAGUUAAACAAAAAGAUCAAAGAAAUUAAAGAUAAAGUUCAAGCAGAUGAUGAACAGGAAGAAUUUAUUAUACAUGAAUCAGCAAUGAUGACAGAUGUUAUAGAAGAUUCAGUUGCAGAAGCAGAAACUCAACAACAACAUGAAGUUUUUAGAGCACCUGCAAGACCUGCUCGUAUAGCUGAAGCAAGACAAAUACUUGAACAAGAUACACUGAUACUUGAAGGAGAAGAUAAUUUUGGUGAUCAUACAAUGGAUGGAUUAAAAACUCCAACUCAAGAUCGUGAUGAUUAUGAUGAUAUGGGAAGUUUUAUUGAUGAUGAUGAAGGUCCAGUGAUUGAAAAUUCAGAAGAUGAAUUUGAACUGAUUGUGGGAACUCAAACUAUUCAUAGAGUUGAUAGAGAUGAAUUGGAUAAUAUUAGAUUAUCACCAGAUGUUGCAGAAAAAUAUGGAAUAAGGUAUGAUGAUAAUAAUAAUGAGGAUCAUGAAUAUGUUGGUAAUGAUUCAUAUGUUGAAGAUCAAUUAGCAAUGAGUAGUGAUGAUGAUGGUAAUGAAGAAGAAGAAUUUGAUGAAGUUGAAGAAGUUGAUUUUUCCACACAAUUAAAUCAAGAAAGAGAAAUUGAUAUCAUUCUGAUUGAUUCUGAUGAAGAUAAUGAUGAGGUUAAUAAUGAAGAAGAUGAUGUCGAAGCAACUACUAUUACUGAUAGACCUAAUAUUAAUGUCAACACUUCCACAUCAAUAGCUGAAUCAAUAAAUGCAACUUCUGCAUCAAUGAUCUCAAAACAAACUAAUCAACCACAAUCAAUUUUACCACCAUUACUUAGUAUUGAUACAGAUGAUGAAUUUAGUGAGGAGGAUGAAGAUUUAUUACAUCUUAUUAAUGCGACAAAAGAAAGAGUUACUCCACCUGGUUCAGAAUCUUUCAUUAAUGAAAUCUAUAAGGUAUUAAAUACUGUUUUUAAAUUACAAACAUUUCGUCCAAAUCAAUUGGAAGCUAUAGUUGCAUCGUUAUUAAACAAAGAUGUUUUUGUUUUAAUGCCUACUGGUGGUGGUAAAUCAUUAUGUUAUCAAUUGUCUGCAUUAAUUAAAGGAGGUUUGAAUAAAGGUACUACUGUAGUUAUAUCUCCAUUAAUAUCAUUGAUGCAAGAUCAAGUUCAACAUUUAAUUCAUAAAAAUGUCAAGGCUGGUAUGAUUAGUUCAAAAGCAAGUAAUGAUGAAAAUAAACAAACAAUUAAUUUAUUUAAAGAAGGAUUAUUAGACAUAGUUUAUUUAUCACCUGAAAAAGUUAACAGAUCAUCACAAAUACAAAAAAUUAUAGGAAAUUUAUAUGAUAAUAAUAAGUUGGCAAGAGUAGUUAUUGAUGAAGCACAUUGUCUAAGUUCUUGGGGACAUGAUUUUCGUCCAGAUUAUAAAGAUUUAUGUUUUUUUAAAGAAAAAUUUCCUAAUGCACCAAUAAUGGCUUUAACUGCAACUGCUAAUGAAAGAGUUCGAAUGGAUAUAAUUCAUCAUUUAAAAAUGAAAAAUCCUGUUACUUUUAAACAAAGUUUUAAUAGAACUAAUUUAUUUUAUGAAGUUAGAUGGAAAGCAAAUGAUCAUUUACAAAAUAUUUUUGAUUAUAUUCAACAACGUCAUAAAAACAAAUGUGGUAUAAUUUAUUGUCAUUCAAAAGUUUCAUGUGAACAAACAAGUAGUAAAUUAAAUCAAUUAGGUUUAAAAACAUCUUUUUAUCAUGCAGGCAUGACUCCAGAGGAUCGUUUAAGAAUACAAACUGAUUGGCAAAAAAACAAACUUCAAUUAAUAUGUGCAACUGUUGCAUUUGGUAUGGGUAUUGAUAAACCUGAUGUUAGAUUUGUUAUACAUUUGACUAUUCCAAGAAGUUUAGAAGGUUAUUAUCAAGAAACGGGUAGAGCUGGUAGGGAUGGUAAACCAUCUGAAUGUAUAAUGUAUUUUAAUUAUAGAGAUGGUAGAUCGUUAAUUUCAACAAUUAAAAAGGAUAGGGAUCUAACAUAUGAAGGAAAACAAAAUCAUUUAGAAAAAUUAGGUCAAGUUCUACUGUUUUGUGAUAAUAAAGUUGAUUGUAGAAGAAAAAUUGUUUUACAAUAUUUUAAUGAAACUUUUAAUUCAAUAAAUUGUAAUAAACAAUGUGAUAAUUGUAAAAAUUUCAAUCAUGUUACAAGUACUUCAAAAGAUUGUACAGAACAUUCAAAAGAUAUAGUUAGAUUAGUUCAAUCAAUUCAAGAUGAGAAAGUAACUGUUGUUCAUUGUCAAGAUAUGUUUAAAGGUUUGAAAGGUGGUAAAAUUGGUAAAAUGGGUCAUCAAAAUAAUCCUUAUCAUGGUAAAGGUAAAAAUCUUGAUAAAUCAGAGAUUGAAAGAAUAUUUUUUAAUUUAAUUGGUGAAGGUUAUUUAGAAGAAUAUCAAGUAAUGAGAGGAGGAUUUGCAUCGAAUUAUGUUAAAACAACUAGAAAAUCAUCUAGAUUAUUGAAUGGUCAAUUGAGAAUUCAAAUAGUAUUUUGA